AUGAAAAUAUCCGUCAAACUUCUUCUUUCCUCGCUCGCGGCCCAGGUAUGUGCAGUACCAACGCUGUAUCUAGCCGGUGAUUCGACUAUGGCUCCUGGUGGUGGUGGGACAAAAACGCAGGGUUUCGGUGAAUACCUCAAAUACAGUUUCAAGGGUAUCAAUGUUGUAAAUGAUGCCGUUGCUGGCCGAUCCGCUCGCUCGUACUAUAAUGAAGGGAGAUUUACUUCGCUGGCGAAUUCCGUCGUUGCGGGGGAUUAUGUUCUCUUUGAGUUUGGCCAUAAUGACGGAGGAUCUCUGAGUACGACUGAUAACCUCCGCACCGAUUGCUUUGGAGGUGGUACCGAGACGUGUAUUUCUCCUGUUACGGGGGAAAAGGUGUAUACAUAUGUUUUCUACCUCAUACAAGCCGGUAAACUCAUAACCGCCAAAGGCGCACACCUAAUCAUCUCCUCGCCCACGCCCAACAACCUCUGGGAAACCGGCACCUUCUCGUACGCAGCGCCGCGCUUCACAGCGUACGGAAAGACCGUCGCUGCGGCACUGGGUUCGCUCGCUUCGUUUGUGGAUCAUGGUCAAUAUACUGCGAAUAUUUUUAAAUCGCUGGGAGCAAAGACCGUCGAUGCUUUUUAUCCAAUCGAUCAUACGCACACGAGUCCUGCGGGGGCAAAUGUGGUGGCUGCGGCUUUUGUGAAGGGGUUGAUGUGUGGGGGCGGUGCGUUGAGUGCUUAUUCGAAGAAUAGUACGAGUAGUAUUGCUGGGAGUUGUGUUUAG